GACAAGAAGACAGGAGGACAAGAAGACAGGAGGACAAGACAGGAGGACAAGACAGGAAGACAAGACAGGAAGACAGGAGGACAAGAAGACAGGAGGACAAGACAGGAGGACAAGACAGGAAGACAGGACAGGAAGACAGGACAGGAAGACAGGAGGACAAGACAGGAAGACAGGACAGGAGGACAGGACAGGAAGAAGACAGGACAGGAAGACAGGACAGGAAGACAGGACAGGAAGACAAGAGGACAGGAAGACAGGACUGGACAGGAAGACAGGACAGGAAGACAGGACAGGAAGACAGGACAGGAAGACAGGACAGGAAGACAGGACAGGACAGGAAGACAAGAGGACAGGAAGACAGGACAGGAAGACAGGACAGGAGGACAAGACAGGAAGACAGGACAGGAAGACAGGACAGGAGGAGGACGGGCGGGCGGUGCUGUCUGUCUGCAGGAUGUCGGCUCAGGCCCGUAUGAAGCGUCUGGAGGAGCUGCUCCUGCAGCAGAAGGAGGCCGGAUGUCUCAGCGUGGAGGCGCUGCUGGACCUCCUGCUCUGCUUCUACGAGGAGGUCUCCCACUGCACGCUGAGGAGGGAGAAGCACGUCAGCGACUUCCUGGACUGGGUGAAACCCUUCACCACCACAGUGAAGGACAUGCGGCUGCACAGAGACGACUUUGAGAUGUUGAAGGUGAUUGGACGAGGCGCUUUUGGAGAGGUUGCCGUGGUGAAGAUGAAGCACACAGAGAGAGUUUAUGCCAUGAAGAUCCUCAAUAAGUGGGAAAUGUUGAAGAGAGCUGAGACGGCGUGUUUUAGGGAAGAACGGGACGUUCUGGUUAAAGGAGACAGUCAGUGGAUCACAACGCUGCACUACGCCUUCCAGGACGACAACUAUCUGUACCUGGUGAUGGACUACUACGUGGGCGGAGACCUGCUGACUCUGCUCAGUAAGUUUGAGGACCGUCUUCCAGAGGACAUGUCCAAGUUCUACAUGGCUGAGAUGGUCCUCGCUGUCCACUCCAUCCACCAGCAGCACUACAUCCACAGAGAUAUUAAACCAGACAACGUCUUGUUGGACGUUAACGGUCACAUCCGCCUCGCUGAUUUUGGCUCUUGUCUCCGCAUGAUGGAGGACGGCACGGUGCAGUCCUCCGUGGCGGUGGGCACUCCGGACUACAUCUCCCCAGAGAUCCUGCAGGCGAUGGAGGACGGGAUGGGCCGCUAUGGACCGGAGUGUGACUGGUGGUCUCUGGGAGUCUGCAUGUACGAGAUGCUCUACGGAGAAACGCCGUUCUACGCCGAGUCCCUGGUGGAAACCUACGGCAAGAUCAUGAACCACGAGGAGCGUUUCCAGUUCCCCUCCCAUGUGACCGACGUGUCCGAGGACGCCAAGGACCUGAUCCAGCGCCUGCUCUGCUCCAGGGAACGCCGACUCGGACUGAACGGGAUCUCUGACUUCAAGAGCCACCCGUUCUUCAGCGGGAUCGACUGGGACCACAUCCGGUCCGCCGAGGCCCCCUACAUCCCCGACGUGUCCUCGCCCACCGACACGUCCAACUUCGACGUGGACGACGACGUCCUCAAGAACCCGGACAUCAGCCCCUCCAUGUCUCACACUGGUUUCACUGGGCAGCACCUCCCCUUCGUCGGCUUCACCUACACCACUGACAGCUGCUUCGCCGACCGCAGCUCCAUGAGCAAGGCAGGAUUUGGCCUCCGCCAGGAGGGGGAGGAGGAGGGAGGGGGGGCAGGAGGAGGAGGGGGAGGAGGAGGAGGACAGGAGGUUGAGGCAUUCGAGAGGAGGAUCCGCCGACUGGAGCAGGAGAAACAGGAGUUGAACCGAAAACUGCAGGAGUCCACUCAGGCCCUGCAGGCUCCGUCUCGAGGAGGAACUCUGACCCGAGACAAAGAGAUCAAGAAGCUGAACGAGGAGAUCGAACGGCUGAAGAAGAAGCUGGCAGACUCUGAUAGGCUGGAGCACCAGCUGGAGGAGGCGGUCACACUCAGACAGGACUACGAGAGUUCCGCCUCCAAACUGAAAACCCUGGAGAGGCAGGUGAAGACCCUGAGACAGGAGAAGGACGAAGUCCACAAGCAGCUGGCGGACUCUCUGGACCGUCUGAGGAGUCAGACCAAGGAGCUGAAGGAGGCUCACUCUCAGAGGAAGGUGGCCCUGCAGGAGUCCUCAGACCUCUCGGAGAGGAUGUCCGACCUGCGCUCCUCCAAGCAGCGUCUGACCCGUCAGCUCCGGGACAAGGAGGAGGAGGUGGAGGCCCUCCUGCUGAAGAUGGAGGCCACCAGGCAGGAGAUCCGCAAGACCGAGAAGAACCGCAAGGAGCUGGAGGCUCAGCUGGACGAUGCGAAGGCCGAGGCGCAGAAGGAGAGGAAGCUGAGGGAGCACAGUGAGGUUUACUCCAAACAGCUGGAGACGGAGCUGCAGAACCUGAAGUCUCAGCAGGGUCGGGGAGCAGUGGCCGGGGGGGCGGAGUUUCAGCAGGAGCUGUCCCGUCUGAAGGCGGAUCUCGAUAAGAAGAUUCUGUUCUACGAGGAGGAGCUGCUGAGGAGAGACUCCUCCCACUCCUCCGAGAUCAGAAACCUUCGUAAAGACCUGCACGAGUCCGAGGGGGCUCUGCUCGCCGCCAACAAGGAGCUGCUGCAACUACGAGACAAGCUGGACAAGGCCAAGAGGGACAGACAAGCAGAGAUGGAUGAAGCUGUUUCAGCUCUGAAGGAGAAAUCUGAACGAGAGAAAAACCUUCUGACAGAAGAAAACCGAAAACUUACGGCUGAAACUGACAAGCUGUGCUCCUUCGUGGAUCAGCUGACUGCUCAGAACCGUCAGCUGGAGGAGGACCUGCAGGACCUGUCGUCUAAGAAGGAGAGCGUCGCUCACUGGGAGGCGCAGAUCGCUGAGAUCAUCCAGUGGGUGAGCGAUGAGAAGGAUGCUCGAGGAUACCUUCAGGCUCUGGCCACCAAGAUGACGGAGGAGCUGGAGACACUGCGCAGCUCCAGUCUGGGAACAAGACCUCUGGACCCCCUGUGGAAGGUGCGUCGCAGUCAGAAGCUGGACAUGUCGGCCCGUCUGGAGCUCCAGUCGGCUCUGGAUGCUGAGAUCAGAGCCAAGCAGCUGGUUCAGGAGGAGCUGCGUAAGAUCAAAGCUGCCAACAUCAACCUGGAGAGUAAGCUAAAGGAGUCGGAGGAGAGGAGUCUGGAGAUGGGGGAGGAGGUGGAGAGUCUGAAGAAAGAGAUGGAGGACAGCCGUUACCGCGGUGACAAAGGUCUGAAGCUUCCAGACUUCCAGGACUCCAUCUUUGAAUACUUCAACACGUCUCCUCUGGCUCCUGACCUCACCUUCAGAACUACGGACAUAGACUCCACCCCCCUGAAAUCAGAGACCACGCCCCCCUCGCCUUCCACCACCUCCGAACACGAGGAAGUUAAAGCUGUGUCGGUCCCAGUGAGCCCCUCCCCCUCCUACCAGAGCUCAGCACUCACCACACCAAAGCCCAAAGCUCACCAGCUGAGCAUCAAGACCUUCUCCAGUCCGACUCAGUGCACACACUGCACCUCACUGAUGGUGGGACUCCUGAGACAGGGAUACGCCUGUGAAGUGUGCUCCUUCAUCUGCCACGUUUCCUGUAAAGACAACGCCCCCCUGGUCUGUCCAAUCCCAGCAGAGCACGCCAAGAGGCCGCAGGGCAUCGACGUCCAGAGAGGCAUCGGCACCGCCUACAAAGGCUACGUCAGGAUCCCGAAGCCCAGCGGCGUUAAGAAGGGCUGGCAGCGAGCCUUUGCCUUGGUCUCUGACUGUAAACUGUUCCUCUACGACGUCGCAGAGGGAAAGUCCACCCAGCCGGGGGUGGGUGCCAGUCUGGUGCUGGAUCUCAGAGAGGAGGAGUUUUCCGUCAGCUCUGUGUUGGCGUCAGAUGUGAUCCAUGCCACCAGAAAGGACAUCCCCUGCAUCUUCAGGGUGACGUCGUCACAGUUGAUCUCACAGCUGUCGGUGGUGUCUCUGCUGGUGCUGGCGGAGAGCGAGGUGGAGAAGAGGAAGUGGGUCCGGAUCCUGGAGGGUCUACAGAGCAUCCUGACCAAGAACCUGCUGAAGAACCAGCAGGUCCAUGUCCUGCACGAGGCCUACGAUGCCUCGCUGCCCCUCAUCAAGACCACGCUGUCCGCCGCUGUGCUGGACCGGGAGAGGAUCGCCCUGGGAACCGAAGACGGACUGUUUGUGGUGGAGGUCACCAGAGACGUGAUCGUGCGAGCAGCAGACAGUAAGAAGGUUUAUCAGAUUGAUUUGAUCCCGAAGGAGAAGAUUGUUGCUCUGCUCUGCGGUCGGAACCGUCACGUUCACCUCCACCACUGGGGGGCGCUGGACGGAGCCGAGUCCGCCUUCGACUUCAAGCUUACGGAGACCAAAGGCUGCCAGGCUCUGACUACCGGGGUGCUCAGACCUGGAGGCCCGGCCUGCCUGCUGGCUGCCGUCAAACGUCAGGUUCUGUGCUACGAGAUCACACGAGCGAAGCCGCACUAUAAGAAGCUGUGGGAGGUGCAGGCUCCUGGGACGGUGCAGUGGUUGGGCAUGGUGAGGGAGCGGCUGUGUGUCGGGUAUCCUUCAGGCUUCGCUCUCCUGGCCCUGCAGGGGGAGUCGUCCCCCAUCAGCCUGGUCAGCCCCGCCGACCCGUCGCUGGCCUUCCUGGCCCAGCAGCCGCUGGACGCCCUGCACGCCCUGGAGGUGGGAACCACCGAGCUGCUGCUCUGCUUCAGCCACCUGGGCAUCUACGUGGACGGACAGGGCCGCCGGUCCCGGACCCAGGAGCUGAUGUGGCCCGCCACGCCGCUCGCGUGCAGCUCCAACUCGUCCCACCUGACGGUCUACUGUGAAUACGGACUUGACGUCUUCGACAUUCACACCACAGAGUGGGUCCAGACCAUCUCCCUCCGCAAGAUCAGACCUCUGAAUGUGGAGGGGACAUUAAACCUGCUGAGCUCAGAACCUCCUCGUCUCAUUUUCUUCAACAACACCUCGUCAGAGGGAGACCUCACCAUCCCGGAGACGUCGGACCAGAGCAGGAAGUUGAUGGUUCGAACGCGCAGCAAGAGGAAGUUCCUGUUUAAGGUUCCAGAGGAGGAGCGUCUCCAGCAGAGGAGGGAGAUGCUCAGGGAUCCGGAGCUCAGAUCAAAGAUGAUUUCUAAUCCCACAAACUUUAACCACGUGGCCCACAUGGGACCAGGAGACGGCAUGCAAGUCCUCAUGGACCUCCCUCUGAGUGUGAUGUCUUCCUCUCAAGAUGACCCGGUUAAAGAUAAGCCCCGCCCACUGUCCAGUAUCUCCCGGCAACAAAGGAGCAAGACACACAUCACACGCACAGCCUCAGAUUUUGGGGGAGGAGCUUCAUCUCGCAGCAUCUCUGAACCGGACCAGGACCUGGACCGAGAGCCGGACUCGGACUCCACCAAACACUCGACCCCGUCUAACAGCUCUAACCCCAGCAGCCCCCCCAGUCCCAACUCCCCCCACCGCAGCCAGCUCACCUUGGACGGCCUGGAGAUGGAUCCCUGAGGCCCCGCCCCCUAUGUGUGAGGGAGGAGGGGUUUUAUGAACCAAUCAGGCUGCAGACUGAGUUUAGAUUUUACUUGAUGCUUUUAUUGUGGCGGGGUGAGUCUGAGCUUCCAGCUGCUUUUAUUUUUGUUGGAUUUUACCUGCUGGGAAGCCCCGCCCCCUGGUUUCAACCCUGCUGAUGGCUGUUGUGUUUGACCUUUGACCCUUAGUCUGCUUGGCUCUGUGGGACCAAUCAGCUCCUGUCCUCCUUUAUUAGAUACCUUCCUGAUGAGCUUUAGCCGGUGUUAGCUGCUGAGCUAACUGUGACGGAGGUCUCACUCUGAUGAAAAAACACUGUAUCAAUUCAUUUUUAAACUUUGUUAAAUUGCACAUCAUCAUCAAUGUUGUUGUAGGAGAAAAAUAAUCUUUGAUUUUGUGUCAGUGAUGAUCUUUCCUGUUGCUCUCUCCGACCCCGCCCUCUGACCUCUGACCCCUGACCCCAGAGGUCAGCUGGAGUCGGGUGAGGGGGGGGGCACUACUGCUUUGUUUCACCAGUUAAAGAAUCUUUGUAAUUAUGAAACAUGUUAGCAGCCGAACAGAAACUCAAUAAACGGAUCUGA